AAUAGAAACAUACAGAUGAUUUUCAGAUCAUGUUUAUAUGAAGGAGACAGAUUAUGAUGAAUACACCUCCUAAUGUUUAGGUCAGAUCAGAAGUCUACAUCCGCUCUUGAACCAAAGUUUGCAGAGAGACAACAGAAAUAACCACACGGACAGAAUAAUAGUUAAGAAUGUGAAUUCUACUUUUAUCUUUAAGUUGAUUUAUUCCACUUGGAAAUUGGACAAUAGUUAGCAGUGACAAUAUGUCAUUUACAGAAAACAAACUCUUAAAUGAACUUAUUACUUGUAAAUCUUCGCACUGUUUUAUUUACUUUCACAGGAUGAACUGUCUGGUGAGUAUAAACCCCUUUUCUGUGCUAGUGAUGAAUAAACACCAUGUAUAACGAUUAAACAUAAACCUCAGUGAAAGUCUGUAGAGAUCUGAGACACAGAACAAAAAUCCACCAUCAUGACCUCAGCGUCUUUAUCCAAUAGACAUAAACACACAGAUAAAGUUCAAGAGCAAAGGAGCAGAUUCCAGUUUGUUAAAAAGUAGAUGAUGGACAGAUGAGACAAAGACUAAGCUGUAGCAGAGUGAUGAAAAGAGGAAAGUGUGAAGUGAAAAGAAAACUGUUCAUGAUCCAAAUCAAAGCAGCACUUCUGUGGAACAUGGAGACAUGGACAUUUAUGGAAGACGCGGGUUUGUUUGCUAAAGUUGAACAGAGAGACAGAGAAUGGACAGAAGAUGAGAGAAAGAAAAUUAAGAGAUCUGCUCUACGGACUGAUGAGUUUAAACUCAGUGGUCCCAGUAAUAGAGAGCAGUAUAAUCGCUCUGCUGUCACUCUCUCAUGUCGUCUGUCUCCUGAAAUCAGUGCUGUUGACUUGGAGAUCCGGUGGUUUAAGGAGACAGACUGUGUUUGUGUUUAUAAGAACAGUAAGGUGACAGAGGGGAGAGGUUAUGAGGGCAGAGUGAGUCUGUUCACUCAGGAGCUGGAGAGAGGAAACGUCUCCUUACAGCUGAGAGACUGUACAGGGUCAGAUGAUGGAUAUUACCUCUGUCAGGUCACUGAUGGAGACAGAACAGAAGAGAUUACAGUAUAUAUGUACUCGGCUGAACAGAGAUUUAAAGGCAUCUAUGUUGUACAGAGAGACAGACAUUGUACAGAAGAUGAGAGAAAGAAAAUGGAGAAAUCUGUUCUACUGACUGAUGAGUUUAAACUCAGUGGUCCCAGUAAAAGAGAGUGGUAUAAUCGCUCUGCUGUCACUCUCUCAUGUCGUCUGUCUCCUGAAAUCAGUGCUGUUGACUUGGAGAUCCGGUGGUUUAAGGAGACAGACUGUGUUUGUGUUUAUAAGAACAGUAAGGUGACAGAGGGGAGAGGUUAUGAGGGCAGAGUGAGUCUGUUCACUCAGGAGCUGGAGAGAGGAAACGUCUCCUUACAGCUGAGAGACUGUACAGAGUCAGAUGAUGGAUAUUACCUCUGUCAGGUCACUGAUGGAGACAGAACAGAAGAGAUUACAGUAAAGAUGGCGCAACAGGAGCAAUCUGGAGCUCCACAGAGGACAGAAGAGACAGAUAAAGACGUCUGUGUUGUACAGAGAGACAGAAAAUGGACAGAAGAUGAGAGAAAGAAAAUGGAGGAAUCUGUUCUACUGACUGAUGAGUUUAAACUCAUUGGUCCCAGUAAUAGAGAGCAGUAUAAUGGCUCUGCUGUCACUCUCUCAUGUCGUCUGUCUCCUGAAAUCAGUGCUGUUGACUUGGAGAUCCGGUGGUUUAAGGAGACAGACUGUGUUUGUGUUUAUAAGAACAGUAAGGUGACAGAGGGGAGAGGUUAUGAGGGCAGAGUGAGUCUGUUCACUCAGGAGCUGGAGAGAGGAAACGUCUCCUUACAGCUGAGAGACUGUACAUGGCCAGAUGAUGGAUAUUACCUCUGUCAGGUCACUGAUGGAGACAGAACAGAAGAGAUUACAGUAAAGAUGUCGGAGCAAUCUGGAGCUCCACAGAGGACAGAAGAGAGAGAUAAAGACUUCUGGGUUUAUCAGAGAGACAGAAAAUGGACAGAAGAUGAGAGAAAGAAAAUGGAGGAAUCUGUUCUACUGACUGAACUGGACGGAGCUUCACAAUCACUGAGAAAGAAAGACAAGGAAAUAUCAGAACUGAAGAAUCAACAGGAAUCUGAGUUAGCAGAAAAAAACAAACAGCUUGAAGAGAAAGACAGACUUCUAACUGAGAGAGAGACACAGCUAAUUGAGAGAGAGACACAGCUAAUGGGAAGAGACAAAGAGCUCCAGGAGAAAGUUAGACUUCUGACAGAAAAUACACAAACACUUCAGAAGAAGGACAAGUCACUAGAAGAGAAGGAGAAACAGCUCAGUGAAGUACGAGAAGAAGUGAGAAAAUCAAAUAUGACGUUAGAAAAGAUUCAGACACAAUUGAAGGACAAAGAGAGACAACUGGAGAGUGUGGUGAAAGAACUGGAAACCAGUACAAAUAAACUGGACACACUGGGACAGGAGCUGCAGAAGAAGGACAAGACACUAGAAGAGAAUGAGACACUGCACAAACAGACAAGAGCUGAACUGGACAAAACAAUUAAGGCGUUAGAAGACAGUCAGCGACAUGUGGAGGAGAAAAACACACAAGUAGAGAAUCUGAACAAACUGCUGAAGGAGAAAGAAACACAGCUGAAGAACACAGAUAAAGAGCUGGAAACCAGUACAAAUAAACUGGACACACUGGGACAGGAGCUGCAGGACAAGCAGAGACAACUACAGGACACAAUGAUUGUAGUGGAGCAACAGAAAUCUGAGUUAGCAGAAAAAAACAAACAGCUUGAAGAGAAAGAGAGACUUCUAACUGAGAGAGAGACACAGAUGAUGGGACGAGACAAACAACUUCAGGAGAAAGACAAGCUUCUGACAGAAAAUACACAAACACUUCAGAAGAAGGACAACAAACUUGAAGAGAAGGAGAAACAGCUCAGUGAAGUACGAGAAGAAUUGAGAAAAUCAAAUAUGACGUUAGAAAAGAAUCAGACACAAUUGAAGGACAAAGAGAGACGACUGGAGAGUGUGGUGAAAGAACUGGAAACCAGUACAAAUAAACUGGACACACUGGGACAGGAGCUGCAGGACAAAGAGAGACAACUGGUGAGUGUGGAGGAAGAACUGGACACCAGUAAAAAUAAACUCACAGAAAGAGACAAACAACUUCAGGAGAAAGACAAACUUCUGACAGAAAAUACACAAACACUUCUGAAGAAGGACAAGACACUGGAAGAGAAUGAGACACUGCACAAACAGACAAGAGCUGAACUGGACAAAACAAUUAAGGAGUUAGAAGACAGUCAGAGACACGUGGAGGAGAAAAACACACUUCUAGAGAAUCUGAACAAACUGCUGAAGGAGAAAGAAACACAGCUGAAGAACACAGAUAAAGAGCUGGAAACCAGUACAAAUAAACUGGACACACUGGGACAGGAGCUGCAGGACAAGCAGAGACAACUACAGGACAUGAUGAUUGUAGUGGAGCAACAGAAAUCUGAGUUAGCAGAAAAUAACCAACAGCUUGAAGAGAAAGAGAGACUUCUAACUGAGAGAGAGACACAGCUAACUGAGAGAGAGACACAGCUAACUGAGAGAGAGACACAGCUAAUGGGAACAAACAAAGAGCUUCAGGAGAAAGUCAGACUUCUAGAGGAGAAAACAAAGCAGCUGCAGGAACAGACAGAUCCAGAAUCAUCAGCUUCCAUCAGGAGAAGAAACAGCAAGGAACUUUUACCUCCAGGAAUGAGUGAAGAGACUCAGGACUCAGCAGCACCAAUCAGGAGAAGGAACAGUAUUGAGGGAGGACGUCCAACAGUGGGUGGAGAAUCGUCUAGUCCACAUCCUCCAGCGUCGGUUCCUGUAGCAGAACUGAGGCUGGUGCUGCUGGGGAGGACGGGGUCUGGGAAGAGUGUAACAGGAAACACCAUCCUGGGCAGAGAGGAGAGGAACCAGGUUGCUACGUCUACAGCUACAUCUACAGCCACCCAGCAGAGUGAGAGCACACAGGGGGAGGUGGCUGGGAGGAAGGUGACUGUGGUGGACACGCCUGACUGGUUCUCUCCUGAACUGUCUCUGGAGAAGCUGAGACAGGACGUGGGACUCUGUGUCCGUCUGUCUGCUCCAGGACCCCACGCCUUCCUCCUGGUCAUACCUCUAAAGCAGCCUACAGGAGAGGAGAGAGGGAUGCUGGAAAAAAUGGAGGAGAUCUUUGGAGAGACAUGCUGGAGAAACACAAUGAUCAUAUUCAGUGUUACUGAUGAAUGUGAGAAGAAGAACAUUGAGGACUUUAUCCAAUCAGGAGACCAGGAGGUCCAGAGACUUGUAGAGAAAUGUGGGAACAGGUUUCACUGUCUCAACAUUAAUGAGAGUGGAGAUGGUUCUCAGGUCUCAGAGCUGUUGGAGAAGAUAGAGAAGAUGGUGGAAGGAAGCAGAGAGAAAUUCUACAGCAGUGACAUCUACCUGGAGAUAGAAUCUCUGAUUAGAGCAAUGGAAGCAACGAUUCGAAAGAAAAAGGAAGAGAAAAGAGAGAGAGAGGAGAAGGACAUGAAAGAAAAAAUAGAGAAGGAGGUGCAGGAUUCUCUGAGAAAGAUAGAGGGAGUGAUCGAGGACCAUGAAAGAGACAUCAGACAACUUAAUGUUCGAACAACUGAACUGGAGAGAAAGAUGAAAGAAGAGAGGGAUGAAGAGGAAAAGAAAGAACUGGAACUGGAACUGCAACGAGAGGUACAGCGAAGGACAGAAAUCGGAGAAGAGUUGAUGAAACUAAAAGAAAAGAGAGAGAUGGAGAGGAGAGAGAUGGAGGAGAGGCACAGACAAGAGAUGGAGGAGAUCAGGGACGUGUAUGAAGGAGAGGUCAUGACAGAGGCGGAGAGAAAGCUCAUGAAGAUCAUCCUGCCUGAGUUUUUAGUCUCAAAAACAAAGAUGCAGGAAGAUUUCAGCAGACGGAUGGAGGAGAAGUACAGAGAGAUGGAGAAUCUUCAACAGAAACUUUUUGAGGUCACAGAAAAUUUCAGUAUGCUGAAAGAAGCAUACAUUACAACUGUGCUGGAGAUAACAAACCCAGAACAGGAAUAAACACUUUACUUGAAACUGAAGGUACAUUUUAAGGGUUUGAUGAUACACUGGUUUGACACCUUCAGGACAAAACCUGUGGAAAAUAUAUUUCAGUGUUUUUGUACAUUGUUUUAUUCACCUUUAAACAACACUAUUAACCAUUUUAUACCACACUGCUGUUCAACGAGGUUCAUAUUUCUGAGUGAAGAAGUCUACAGGACAACAGAGAAGUGUAACAUCAGAUCCAGCAGCAGGUUUAAGAUAAGUUUACGCUGCAUCUAUGACUUUGAGCUCGAUUUUGCUGCUACAGUAAAAAAAUCACACAUCGUGACAGAAUACUUUUAUUGUGACUUGAGAUCAGCGGUCUUAUAUUUUAUAAUGUGACAAUCAACCAGAGGACGAUUUUGUGCAAUUGUGAACAAAGACAGUCUUAAUAAAGGUCUGUCAUUGUGAGACAUGUUCUGCUGACAUGUCAGUGUGUGUGUGCUGCUAUGAUGCUCAUUUAAAACUCCACUACAGGAGGAGGGUUUCAGAUUAUACCACAUGUGACAUGGUACUGAAAUAGCAGAACUCCAGUUCAGACGCUUUCUCAGUGAUGUGACUGCUUUAUUUUCCAUUUAUCAGCAUCAAGACAGAGAAAAGAGAGAGACUGAUGAAGGAAUCACAUAUCUAUAGCUGUUAUUAUUCCUGUUAUAACUGAUAACUCAGACAUUCCACAGUAUUUACAUGUUAAACUAAAUGGGAAAAGUAACGUCUCAUUAUUUAUUUAAUAAACACUAAGAAUGUUUGUAGUAAGUAAAUAAUCUAUUUCCAGGUGGGAACAGUAACCUAAUCAUUAAUCAUCUUCCUCUAACUGAACACCUCCAAGUGUUUUAUUCUGUAAUGGUGUUAGUUAGGGGAGUCUAUAAUGAUAGAAACACAGGAACUGAAACCAUGUAGUGACACUUUUCCUGUGUUUAAUAAUGUUUUAGUGUCACUGUUACUUCACUAAGCUCUUUUCUCCUGGUGUCUGGUUCUGCUUCUUAAUUCAUGCCUCAUUUCUGUAACACAAACACAAACAGCUGAAUGAGUGACACAUUUCUACAUAAUCUGGGUGUGUAAUAAAAUUGAAUGUGUAUUUACUGAAAGGUUUAUGGAAUGUUUUGCAUGUAGAAAUGUACAAUAACUAUAAUAAAGAGGUCAACAACA